AUGGAGAAUCAAGUCACACCUGAUGAAAUCAAAUGGACGAAACAAAGUAUGGAUAGGAAAUUAAAUUUGGAAAGAUUAAAGAGAGCUGUGGAGAAUAAUUAUAGUUUUACGGACAACGUGGAACGAAAUAUAGCUUUAUACUCUGUUUUUUAUGCCUUUACAUUUAUAUUAGUAGUAGUUUUUAUUUUUAUAAAUAUACGCUUUCCUUAUCAAAAUGUUUUAGAAAUUGUAAGAAUUGUUCAGAAUUUAAUAGCUGGAGUUGGUACAUUUACUAGUUUUUUUACAAGUAUGAAAAAUAUUUCUGAAACUCUUAAUUAA